GCCAGACAGCCGCAUCUUGUCUACCAUCGGCAGCCACAUCCCUGAGACACCAUGGGGAAGGUGAAGGACGGAGUUAAUGGAUUUGGUCGUGUUGGGCACCUGGUCACCAGGGCUGCUUUUAACUCUGGUAAAGUGGAUAUUGUCGCCAUCAAUGAUCCCUUCAUUGACCUCAACUACAUGGUCUACAUGUUCCAGUAUGAUUCCACCCAUGGCAAAUUCCAUGGCACUGUCAAGGCUGAGAAUGGGAAGCUUGUCAUCAAUGGAAAUCCCAUCACCAUCUUCCAGGAGCGAGAGCCCUCCAAGAUCAAGUGGGGCAGUGCUGGCACUGAGUACGUGGUGGAGUCCACUGGCGUCUUCACC